CUUAGAUUCAGUUUUUUUUUAUUUUCUGGUUCUUUGGGAACUACCAUGGAGUUCUUUCAAUAUCUAUCUAACAGAAUUCUGCAUAAUCUACUCUAGCUGGUCAUAGUUGGCAUAAGAUGUCUUGCACUUUACUCUACCUCCUAUGAACAGACUCAGUCAAAGUGAGUGCAGUUUUUUACUGGUUUGCAUUCUGUGCUGCCAAAGGAUCUUAUUACAGAUUUUAUUGACGUCCCACUGAGGGUAUCUAUAGAGACUAAGUGUUGGGCUGUUAUAGCAUCCAAAAUAUUCACCAGACUAAGCCUCAUAUGGAUGUUUCUUGUCCAAAAAAUGGUAAAAAAAACCGUAAAAGGUUAGUCUUCUGAAAGCAUGAUUUCAUCUAGAAACACUCUUGAUUCUGCAGUAUGCAAGACAUACACCCAGUGCAGACAGUAGAAACAACUUUCAAAACUGUAUGUGCAGGCAAAAAGAAGUUUAUUUAAGAAAUAAGAAGUUCACAAACGUGGUUUAUCGUAGAAUAAGCCUCGUUUGAGUUCUUAUGCGUAAGAAUAUAUCACAAAGGCCGUAGGCCUGAGUGAUAUAUUGUUUCGCAUAAGAACAAAAAACUUGGGUUAUUCUACGAUAAAUCACAAAUGGGAACUUGUUAUUUCGAUUCUAACAUGACAUACUACUAUCAACAGUGUUGGAAAUAAUGGUAACUACUUUUUACGAUCGUGCUACGCACCUGGAAUCGGAUGACAUCAUUGCACGCGAGUGGUUUAUUGCAGAAUAACCCGAGAUAGAUUUUGCUCUACAUGUAUGCAGGUUAGUCGCUGGUUGUGUUAGAAUCGAACAUUUACUUAUAAAAUAACUAAUCAAUGUCAUAAAAUGAAUUUUUACAAUUUGAAACACCCCUUGUAUGACUUGCCUGUAACAGUUUCAUAAUAUGUUCAGCCUUAUUUAUUCCACACAUUUUGUAGAAGAUGACAGAAACUUUAAGCUGGUUAUAGAUAUAUCAAGUUUCUUCUCAUCCAUCUUGAAAGUAAGUGUACAAACUAAAUUAAAGUGUUUUUAUAGUAAUGUGUAAUAAUCACAUUUUUUUGUUAACAUUAUAUGUUAAAAUUUUAUAGUAAUAUUUAUAUUGACGCUUGGGUACAUGUGUAUUUCUUUAUGUAGAAUCCUCUGUUGUUCAAUACAAAUAAUAAUAAAUGUAAUUAAAUGAUAUUUUGUGUUAUGUCUGCUUUCCACAAAAUGUGUCCAAAGUCUAGCAUCAUAAAUGUGUUUAAUGUUUACUGAAAAUUCUUAUGUAUAAUCUGUUGGUUACUGAGCUCUAUUUUAAAUGAUUUCAGAAUGUUUCAAGCUCCUGGUCAUUCCGAAAGUUUAUCAUUGAAAUUAUCACAAGUACUCAGUGAUAUUAGUGUGAAAGAGAGAACAGUACUGAAGAGGAGAAGGAUAUUUUUGUUGUUUGAAUCUUUAUGUGAGGUUCAUCAUAUACUUAGCAGAGACAAUUUGUCCACAUAUUAUUUUGGAAGUCAGGUGGAAGGUUCAACAACUCCUGGACUAAAGUCAGACUUGGAUACACUCACAUGCCCUACAGCCACCUUGAAUGUUAUACAGGAUUGGAGUGGAUGGGAACCAAGCAUUAUAAAGUUUCUAAUGAUCAAAAAUGAGACCACAUCACCCGGCUACUGUCUUCUCCAAUGUGUGAGAGUUGAUGAACCUUCUCCUUGCACCAGUAUUUACCAUACAGAGAAAGAAUUUCUUACAGAUGGAAGAGGAAGAGCACUUUUGAAAAACAGUAAAAACAUUGACAUGUAUGUCAGGAAGGAUUAUGUUAUAAAUGGUCCAGCACAUACAUUUCCAGGACAUAAUAAUUUCUCAGCUACUGAUAGAGUAAUUGCCUAUCAAUGUAAAACUUGGCCUAAAGAUGCUCAACCCUGGUUAUCACAGCAAGGCAUAGGAGGGUGGCCCACAGAUGAAACGAGGAGAUAUUGUGAGACUACAGGGUGUUUUGUUGUACCAGUAGGCAGUAAGCAUGGAGGGAAUGAUGAAAUUGAAUGGAGAAUAUCUACUUCCAAAGCUGAAAGAAGUCUGAUGUUUAGUUUAAACAUCACACAAAUAAGAUGUUACAUCUUGAUGAAGAUGAUUCUUAAAACAUUGAUCAGUCCACAGUGUGAAGAUGCCAUUUCUAGCUACAUGUGUAAAACUGUUUUAUUUCAUUGUAUACACACUACACAUUUAAAUCAAUGGCAAGAGCACAAUUUACUUGCAUGUUUAAAAUGUUGCAUGGUGUCAUUGCAGUACUGUGUUAAACAGAUGAAUUGUCCACAUUUCAUAAUACCUGAAAACAACUUGAUGGCUGCAAAAAUUUCUUAUCCAGUCCAGCAACAGCUUCUUGCAAUCUUGGAAUCCAUCAUACAAUGUGAAGUUUGGGCAUUAAUGGAUAUUUCUAUUGAUGACCUUGGCAUGAGACUUCAGGAGAAGAUGACCAUGUUACCAGUGUAUUCACCUGGUUUUUAUUAUCACUCCACAGCUGAUAUGUCUUCUGAGGCUUUAGGAGCUUUAAUGUAUGAUUUUUUCUGGAGGAUACGGAUAGAGAUAUAUUCCGAAAUAAUCAGACUUGCUAGAAAUGAAAUGGUGCCUUUUCCGCUUUUCAACGCAAUAUCCAUUUUUGUUAAAAUAUAUAGCGCAGUAGAAUUAGAUACACCGCUGAAAUCAGUAUGCAGACUUUUAGCUCAGCAGGUUUGCUCUUUCCUUGGAUCUGUGGUGGCAUCUACAGACAUUGAUACUGGCAAUUCCUUAUCCCACAUGGCACUUACUUGGUUUUCAGCAGGAUUGAAUUCCGAUGUGUCAUCCAGCAAGCUGAAACUUGCAUCUGCUUUAUACUGUGCAGGAGAAACAGAAAAAACAGAGUAUGUUCUUGGUCAUGUUGAAGAAAAGUAUGACUUAGAUGUUGUUGCACCUUUGUGUGGGUGCAGCAGAGGUUUUACAAUGUCGGUAAAACGAGGAUUUUUCAGUAAAUGUGAUACAGGCAAUGAAGAACUUAUAAAAGAUAUUGCAGCUUUUUGUGUUGUGUUCAUGCGUUGUGAAAUCAACUGUGUUCCACAAGAAUUACAAUAUGAAAUGUUUAGCUCUACACAAGAAGACUUGCUCGAGAGGGAUGAAAAUGAUGGCUGGAUGGACUGUGCUGUGGUAGAUUCACUUCCUUACCUUUACUUUCUACAGUACAAGACUUACAGACAUCAGAGAGGAGCAGAUCAACAGAGGGCCCUUUUACACCUUGCCACUACCAUUGAUACUGAUCCAAACCUCAGACACAGAGAAACAGCGCUGAAUUUACUGGGACAAUGUUUGGAGCAGGAGAACAGAUAUAAUGCUGCUCUGUGCUGCUAUAUAAAGUCUCGCAACAUACGUACAAGAAACAAUGCUGCAAACAUUCAUAUAUGUAAACUAUUGAGUAGAAUUUCUCUCAGGAGAAGGAUACCAUAAAAAAACAGACGAUAUGUGAAUCAAAGCAUGAUAUUGCAACAACAGACAGAUGAAGCUUCUUGAUUAACUACCUACAGUUUUGCUAAUACAGUUAAUACAAAUAUAUUUACAGGUAUAUUAUUACAAACAGUAUUUUAACCCUUCGUUGAAAGGAACAUUUAUGUAUUUACUAAGAUCUUUUAAAUUACAAAGUAUUGUUUAUUUAAUAAAUAUUUGUAAAAUAAUAAAAAAUUAUUUUGCCUAAAAAUAAUUACUUUUAUUUUUUCCCGAAAUUUAUAGCUAUCUCGUUGCUAGGUGUGUUAGCUAUAAACUAUCGUCGUUGUCAAGUAAUCCAGUUUUCUAGUUCCUUGUCUAAACAUAACAGAUUAAUGAUAAACGCCUAUUCGUCAGGGAACCACUCGAGCGUUAUAUUAAAUCGAGAGCACGUGCAAUCUUCUCAGUUGAACUAAAGGUGUAUUGGCUAGCGCUUCAGAUCGAUGUUAAAUUGAAUAACCAUGCCACGUGGUCGAUGCAGAGCACGCCUGAAAGGUAGAGGCGAGCCAGUCUGUCGAGAUGAUUAUGAAGGGAAGGAAAUGAAAGGCGAACUAGACGGCGGAUUUGCCAGAAAUUCCAGGCAUCAGACAAAAUGCCGUAUUUAUGUUGCAGAUAAUAUGCUGCCAUUGGGUGCCAACUCCGGAAGUGAUCAGACUCCAGGUACUUUCCACAGACAUUAAUUGAACGGAUUCCUGGACUACAAACAAUUUGUGAAACAGACAAAUCUAAAAGGAUAUCAUUCUUCCGGACUGUUGCUUUAUGAGAAAUCAAAAGGACAAUUUAGAAUUAAUACAUGUAUAAUCUUUAUUACUAAAAUUCCAGUUAAUCAUUUCCAUAAUUAUAUACAAUUAUUUUUAUGUCACUCCUAUUUGUAAGGGCCUGGAAAAAUUCUGUCGACCGUGGGGGCGAUCGGGCGUGCUUUGGGACGUUUUGAUGGUACGGAUGUUACGGUGUAUAUUAAAGGUAUUGCUCUAGUGCCUUGGCAAUAUCUGACUAGCCUUGCUUAAAUGUAUCAUAGCCUUGCUGAUGUCAUAGCCUUGCUCAUCAUAUAGUAUUUGCCUCGCUUAGAAUUACAGUACGUUGCCUUGCUCCAUUGGUCCGCUAAAUGUUCCUCAUUACUUUGCAGGUAACGUCGAGUUAUGGGGAAUAUUUAAUUUACUGUGGUGUACUGUAGCCUUGCUCAUUAUAGUAUUUGCCUUGCUUAGAAGUACAGUACGUUGCCUUGCUCCGCUAAAUAUUGUGGUGUACUGUAGCCUUGCUCGUUGCUUAGAAUUACAGUACGUUGCCUUGCUCCGUUGGUCCGCUAAAUAUUGUUGUGUACUGUAGCCUUGCUCGUUGCUUAGAACCACAGUACGUUGCCUUGCUCCGUUGGUCCGCUAAAUAUUCCUCAUUGCUUUGCAGGUAACGUCGAGUUUUGGGGGAUGUUUAAUUUACUGUGGUGUACUGUGGUAUCCCUUGCGUCCGUGUGGCGCUGCUUGUUGCUCUACAGGUAACGUGGAGCAAUAACGUGGUGCUUUACGAGUACGUCUGGUUUCCUCCCGGUCGACUGGUUUUUCAAAUAGCUUUCAUUGGAGUGGCCAUACUCUGCCAAAAUAUUGAUAAUAACUUUUAUAUUGAAAGGAAUAUUUCAUAGGUUGAAUUAGCACUGUUUACAGUAUCUUACGCGCCGGUAAUUGAAAUAUGUGACUGUAUUCAUAUCUGAAAUGUACAAAUAAACAUGUAAAAAUGUGAAUGUUACUUGUCUUCUAGUUAUAAUUUCGGGUAAUAAGAUAAGAAGUGAACAAAUGGCAGUAAAAUGUUAUUAAUUAUGAAAUUACUGUUGUAGUCUGUGAAUUAUGUAGAAAAGCUAUUUUGGUUGUAACAAAGUACAAAUUUGCAGAUACUAUAAUAAUUAUUGUCUUUUGUUGAUUUCUUUCUUCCACAAAUCUAUAAGAACAUGAAUUUCAUCUUAAACUACCAAGGCAAUUUCAACCAAAUUUCAAAGAAAUGUUUCUUGAGUAAACCUCUUGCUGAUUCUUUCAAAUCUAGAUGAUCUGUGCAAACGUCUGGUUGCUAUGGCCUGAGAAAUCUCAUAAGAAAUCACUUGGUAAAUUUUAAAAUUAAUGAAAGAAAUAUUCCCAGGAUUACCACUGUCAUACUCCUUUCAUCAUGUUGGGUUUAAAGUCACACUGGCACAAUUUAGGUCAAAUGGCGACCUUUCCAGCUUUUUAGCUCACUUGAGCAAACAGUGCUCAGGGUGAGCUAUUGUGAUCGCUCACCGUCCAUCCGUCCGGCGUCAGUCUGUUCAUUUAAACAACAUAUCCUCCUAAACCACCAGGCCAAUUUUAAUGAAACUUCACAAGGAUGUUCCUUGGAUGGUCCACUUUAAAAAUUAUUCAAAGAAUUGAUCAGGUCGGAUAUCCGGGCACUUCAGCGUAUCGCGUUGCGUAGCAACAAGCGGAGGUGACAGCAAACGCUAAAUUGUAAUUGAAAAGCGUUUCAUGUUUCACUAGUGCUGGUUGUUUUUCUUUGCUUAAAGUAAAAUUUUGGGCAAUAUUAAUAAGUCAGUGAAUUUAUAAUGUAGCAUGAUGUUCUAGAAAUCACUCCCGAGAAAGAAACC